CAUUCAUCAUGGCAUCUAGAACGUGAGUCAUGGAGCGGAGAGACUUCUGAAGCUCGUAACACACUGCCAUGAUGUGCUGACACUCCGCAGAAUGAAAGACUGGACAGCGGAAGAGGAUCCCGAGGAGCUUCCACCUCCCUCGGAGACUACUGUCGAUGGAAUCACCACUAUCAUCACUUGGAAGCUUGACGAGCAUGAUCGCAAGGUCAAGGUGACGCGAAGGGUGAGGAGAAAGAUGCAGACUCAGAAUGUCUCGCAUACUGUUGCAGAGAGACGGAGACUGCCAAAAUUCGGGGAUGAUAAGGGGAAGGCGACUGGGCCAGAUAGGAAGACAACGAUCGUAGGGGAGAACAUCCAUUUCAAGGUCGCCCCGGUGUCUGCAAAGGCCAAUGAAGCCGCUGCUGAGCCUGACGCUCCCAAACUUGCCGCUGGAAAAGCAGUCAUUUGUCGAUUAUGUAAAGGAGGACAUUUCACUGCCAAAUGUCCUUUCAAAGAUUCUUUGGCGGCCAUCGAGAACGUCGAUAUGGAUGAUGGUGGAGAGGCGCCCGCGGCUGACGGUAUGGGCGGAAUCUUGGCUAGAGGAGCAGGAGCGGGAGGGAAAUAUGUGCCUCCUGGUCAACGAGCUGGUGGAGGUGCCGGAGAAUCCAUGUACAGGAACCGUGAUGAUCUACCGACAUUGCGUAUCACAUCCUUGUCGACCGAUGCGGAAGAUGAGGAUCUCCGUGAACUCUUUGCGCCAUUCGGUAAAGUCGCCAGGGCGAAUGUGGUCCGUGACAGAGAAACGAGGGAGAGUAAAGGAUUCGGUUUCGUCAGCUUUGAAUCGAGGAGAGAUGCGGAAAAGGCACUGCAAAAGAUGAAUGGGCACGGAUACGACUCGCUUAUCUUGUCUGUCUCUUGGUCUUUGCCCCGAGAACAGCGGUGAAAAAAAGGGCGACAGUGCUUGCGACACUGGCUCAGUAUGCUUUCGUCAGCCGAGUCUACCAAUGCAUUCUUGUACGAGUUGA